AUGAGUAAGUUGCCUCUGUUUUUCACCUUUUUUCUCUCUACGAUUCAUCACCAAUUUAUCAACAUUUUUGUAACAAGAUAAGAAGCGGUCAGCCCAUAAUUCGCCCCAUUAUUCAAGAUUUUUCCAGCCUUAUCACGCGGCGUUUUGGAAUGGGUUUUUCCCUCGCAAGUCAUCUGUUGUGCCCGCUCUCCCUACUCGACUGGACGACCGCUGGGAGCGGGAUUGGUGAAAAUGAGCGAAUUGAAUGACCUGAAACGACUGCCGGAAUGGGAGAGGGAGACUGUGGUGGAGGAGCAUGGGGCCAAAGAGGCGAUUUACUAUGCCAUUGGAAGUGAGUUUAGAGAGGAAAAAGUGGAAAAAUCAAAAAAAUUUUUUAAUUUUUUUUUGGUGAAACUUGAUAAAGAUUUAGAUUACAAUUUUUUAAGACGACUCUAGUAUUUUUAACGGUCUUUACAGAUGUAGCAAUAUGUAUUGACUUUAUAAUUUCCGGUUUUUUGGCCAGAAUUUUAAAAAAAAUUUUCUCCGAGCUGCGCCCUACGUUGACUUGAAAUUGGCUUAUGAGUCUAGGUUUGGCCCUAAAUAUCGUUGAAAAAAUUGUCUCUGCCUAGCAGAGCUAAGAACUUAAAAAAAAAUAAAAAAAAAUUUCCCAAAUUUUUUUAAAUUUUUAAAUUUUCGAAUUAAAAAAUCUCGGUUUGUUUUGGCAAAGCAUGAGAGCGAAAUCUCUAGUGUGUCUUAUAAAAUCCUAGUCUAAGAAUGUACCAAGUUUCAUCAAAAUCUAAUCAGUUUCAAGUUGAAGGUCGGGCGCAGGUCGAAAAAAAUUCAAAAAUUUAUUUUUUAAAAUUAUCUUACUUUUUGAUUUUUGACGCCCCAAUUUCGUCAUUUUGGAUCUAACAUGACAAAAUUUUGAACUUUUAAUUUUUCAAUUUUUUCAGUCGGAGCCCGCCGUUCCCGCGAGCUCCAUUUGAUCUACGAAAAUCACCCAAAAUUCCAAGUCUUUCCCACAUUUUGCGCCCGCUCCUCUCUGAGCGCCUUGGAUCUGGAGAAUUGCCCGGGAAUUGGCUACGAUUUGAGGAGAACUCUGCAUGGCGAACAAUAUAUCGAGUUCUUCAAGCCGAUCCCCAAAGAAGGAGGGAUCAGGACCGAGUCGCAAGUCGUGGACUUGCUCCAACGCGGAAGACACAUGGCCAUUUUGUGUGAAGGUAAAGUUAAGGAUCUCAUAUUGAAAAAAAAUUAUUGUUAGCCACCUGCUAUGACAAUGAGACCAACGAAAAAUUGGCUUAUCUUCAAUUCCUUAUAUGGCAACUCAAUCAUUACAAUUCAAAGGGAUUGAUUUGGUCGAAUGACGUCAUUCCAACUGAAAAAACUCCCGAAACGGAGCCGGACAAAAUUCUCGAGGAGGAAUUGGACGAUAAUUUGGUGAGAAGGACAAAAAUUUUAAAAUUUCUCUGACCGCUCUCCUUAUUUUUAAUGGUCACUCGCCGGCAAAGAUCGUUAAAUUUCUCCGCUGAAACGGCAAGUCGAAAGUAAAAAAAAUUGAAGUCGAUGAGAGCCCUAUUUAGAUUGUGUAUGCAAAAUUUUAGCCAAAUCCGAGCUCUACAGUUCGAGAUAUUCACCUAAUAUUAUCCAUGAUGACUAUUAAACAUUUUGUCUCUACAAUAAUGUAUUUUGCAUCGUUUCAGCCCUCCAUUUACCGUCUAGCCUCCGGAGAUUUAAAUCCACUUCAUAUUGAUCCGGAAUUUUCGCAAAAUUUGGGCCUAGAAGAACCAAUUAUGCACGGAUUUUGCACUCUCGGCGUGGCCGCAAGAAUGAUUUUAAACGAAUAUUCCGAGCAGGAUUACUCAAAAAUGAAGUCGAUCAAAGUCAAAUUCAGUGCUCCACUCCUCCCUGGAGCUCAUUUGGCGAUCAAAACGUGGAAAGGGAAUGCUGGCCGCAUUCAUUUUGAAGCGGUAGUAAGUUCUGCUAGUGUAACAUCAUCUUGACCUUGAAUUUGAAAUUUUUUGUAACUGAUGUUGAUCUAAAUCGAGUUCUUUCAGGAUCUGAAGACCGAUUCAGUCGUUCUCUCCGAAUCCUACGUGGAUUUGAAACCAUAA